UCGUCUCUGUAGAGAUGCUCCCAGAUCUUCUCUCUAGCACUCAAGACUUGACUAUACUCUGAGAAAAUGUUCUUGCGGAUGGAACCUUUCAAGAACUGUAAACUCAUUGUUUUUUUUUCUGUUACUUUCCUUCUUCCUCCUUGUGUGUUUUCGGGGAGGAGUGAAAGUUCUGUGUGAUGUCAGAGGCUUCUCACGUUGUGCCUCUUCUUCCCCAAGUCACAGUCUUCCCAGGACUCACCUGCCAUGUGCCUGAAUAUCUGGACCAGUAGUGGCUAAGAAUCCAAGGGUUGACUUUUGGAACCAUGAUGGACGAAGGUCAAUUAGAUACCUUCAACAACAGAUGUGUGUCCACUAUACAUUUAGGACCCAACGAGAGUCCGGCUAUCAGCGCUGUGAUGUUCUCUGCAGGGGUCUUGGGCAACUUAAUAGCACUGGUUUUACUGGAGACACACAGAAGAGGGAACAGGGGCAAGAUCUCACUGUUCUUCAUCCUCGUGACUGGUCUGGUCAUCACGGAUUUGUUGGGUACUUGUAUGAUCAGCCCCGUGGUGUUGGUAUCUUAUACUAAAAGACUUUCACUCAAGGCUUUGAAUCUUUGCAAUUAUUUCGCCUUUGCCAUGACUUUUUUCAGCUUGGCCACCAUGAUGGUCCUCUUCGCCAUGGCCUUGGAGCGUGCAUUGGCCAUAGGGCAUCCUUAUUUUUAUGAGAAGUUCAUCAAGAAGCGGUGUGGAAUCAUCACCUUUCCCGUUAUCUACUCCUUUUGCAUCGUAUUCUGCCUCUUUCCAGUUAUGGGAUUCGGAGAAUUCAUACAAUACUGUCCCGGGACUUGGUGCUUUAUAAACAUGCGGGGUCAACAAAAGGAUGGGUACAUCAGCAAUGUGUACUCCAUGCUAUAUGCCGCCCUUCUUCUCAUUCUCAUCAUAGCUGUACUGUCCUGCAACCUCACGGUCAUUGUCAGUCUGGUCAGGAUGCACAAAAGACAAAAGUCCCGGAGGGUUGGCUCUCUGGUGACCAACAAGCGGGAGCAGAUUUCCAUGUCCGAAGAAAUUGAUCAUCUCAUACUACUGUCUAUCAUGACCAUUACCUUCAUUAUUUGCUCAGUGCCUUUCACGGUACGGGCCUACAUUAACAGAGUCGAUAGCGAUAAAGGAGAUGACAAAAUGGACCUUUUAGCCUUAAGAUUUUUAUCGGUCAAUUCGAUUAUUGACCCGUGGAUCUUUACCAUACUACGACCCUCUGUGCUCCGGCUGAUGCGCUCGGUUCUGUGCUGUCGGAGCUCGAUUAACAUGAGGAGCAUCAGAAACUCUCCUUCGCUCAGUACUCGACUGUCCACCACCAACAAGCUCGACACUACGUAUGGGAUUUCCCAGAAGAAAUGACAAAAUCGCAUGGGGACAAAAUGGCUGACAAUGACAAAAUCGCAUGGGGACAAAAUGGCUGACAAUGACAAAAUUGCAUGGGAAGAAAAAAAACAAACAGACACCUAGUCAUUUAAACCGUAUAAUAAACUACAAAGGUUCCAUGUAUAGUGCAUAAUAUAUGACAGGCGAAGGUACUCGGGUCAUGGCCAAGGAAAGUACAUGAGAGAUCAUCAGAACCUUGAGGAGCUAUAAUAAAUCGGUUCACACAGUCAGCGGCCACAGAGUCCAUCAUGGAGGAACAUGGUUUGGGCUGUGAAACAGACAACAGGAGAGCAUAAGUAAGGGACACGAGCCAUUUUAGAUCUCCACGUUUAUGGUUUCCCAAGGCUGGUUUUAGGUACCUUCACAUCAGCAAUGGCUUCAUCACAAGCGACCUCCUACCUACUGCAUACUGUUCAACGUUCCCAGUAUCCACUUGACUUGUUCUACGAACUGGUCCACAAAAGAGACAUGGUCAUAAAAAAGGGGCAUUUCUACAAAACUUUGGGUAGUUAUACAACAGUACAAGGUUAAACAUGGUCGACUGGUCCAGAGGAGAACCUAGGUGGGAGUAGAGUCAGAAGACAACCCCACCUGAAUCUGGUUUUGCAGCAGAUCACUUACCACAGGGCAGGAAGGGGAGAGGGGCAUUCAUUUUUGGGUUAGUAUGUCAAUAUACAGUAUCUGUUCAUAUGGAAAAAGUUUUUGACGCGUGAGAAUAGUGUGGACCAGCUCAACCAGAUCCGAAACGCAAAAACUUGACUUCUCAGUGGGCAUUAUUUAAGGCGGUUCAGAGACAACCCCUAUUGAGAUGACCGCCAUUGUAUCAGUAACCUCAACAACCAGUUGACAUGACCAGGAGAAGCCACAACCAGUCAGACAUUUUUGUAGUAUUACAUGGUCGCAUGUCCAUGAAAUACAUGGGUGGCUUUGGUCCACCAGAUUGGCCCUCCAUACUGGCUUGUAAAAGGAAACAUCGAAGGACUGAAGUCUCUUGGGCCCACCAGAGGAAAUUAUUCUGAGGGCCCACCCUAUGUGUAUAUAGGACCUUAAGGGCCCUGUUUAAUCAGGGGGCCAUUAUUGUCAGAGCUUGGGCUCACCAGAUUGUACUCUGGUGGGCAAGUCCGACCCUGAAGGGAAACGCCCUCUUUGGUGUCCAUGAGCCCUAAAAGGAUAUAGAACAAGGACUGUCCUGAUACUACGAACCCUUUAAAUCAUACUUGACAACUUUGGCUCGCGGGAGAACAGAUAGUAUGGCACACAAAGUGGUGCACCAAAAUUUUUCCACACGUGGGCCUGUCCCCUUUUAACUCCCCCUUCCCUAUGUAAUCACGCUUCAUUUUGAGAUGCAUCACACACUCCUCAGGACAGUUAUGGGCACCGGCAAUGUGCCGGGAUACUGCAGGCCGCACUGCCACCGAGACUGCAGUAUCCUGGCGCCAUCUACAAUUAGCGCUCAUGGAGGAAUGUUUUCCAGGAGGAAGCAGCUGUUCAUGAGCUCUUCCAGGAAUCCUGGAAGUCUCCCCUUUUAGGAGCCUCUCAGACUUUCGGAAGUAGAGGUAUUCUCAUCUGAGACAAUGGGGGCGUAUUGCUAGGGAAUACCCCCAGUGUCUGAUAGGUGUGGGUCACCCCCCACACCUAAAUCGAGAACAGAGCAGGCAAAGUGAUGGCUGGAGGACUCCGGGUCAGGCCACCACCAAGCGCUCACCCCACAGAAGUGAAUGGGAGCGCACUGCGCAUGCACGGCCAUCGCUCCCAUUCACUUCAAUAGGCCCUAUUUUAGGAAGCCCCAUAUAAAUGAAUGGAGGCCGGCUUCGCAUGCAGGCCCCUCAACGACCCCAAAACAUUCCUAAACGGGGAGGGUCCUUUGAGCUCCAAAACCUGGCGGAAAUCUGCCCCUCCCUUCAACUAAAUUACCUCUAGCCGUAUAGCUGCCAGCUCAGAGUCAGAAUUGUGCAAACCUGGGCUACACCUGGGCAGAUUCCCGCAAUCUCACCCUUCCGAUUCCAAGGCCUGAGGAGUCCACUUGGCUCCCUCACCACCACCUCCAAGGACCCCCCAACCGACAAAAGAAGGACCCGGCCAACUAAUGGCAGCCACCGACCAGACCCCAGUUGUACCAACACAACCCCCCCCUCCCCACUUGUGACCCCUGACAUACAACAGGGCGGGUGGGUGGGACUGAUCCCUUCACUGUGCCCACUAAAAAUGGCCCCUUUACCGCCUUUGGUCCCCCCUUUAAACUAUCUUCCCCCUCCUACCAGCCACUCCACUCCCAGCACCAUCCUUAACCCCUUAGCUGCCAUUUUCUCCCCACUCCCUCCAAACGCAGUCAUGCAGGCCUCCCCCAGGCUUGCAGCCCAGGUCCGGCCCGUCCUUUAAGGCUGGGUUCACAUCACGUUUUUCCCAUCCAUUUAACCUAUACAAAAAAAUGUAUACAUUAAACGGAUUCCUCAGACUGAUGCCAUACACCGGCAUCCAUUCACUAUAGAGUUCCAUUGUAUGCUUUUUUUUCUUCUUUUUUCUAAAGUAUACGCCAAACGGAGGCAUAAAACGUGAUGUGAACCCACCCUAAAUAAAUUAUUUGCAUCUCUCUUCCAAGAAAUCAUGAGCUGGCAGUAUUGCGUAGUGCAGGGAUGGCCAACCCAAGGCUCUCCAGCUGUUGCAAAACUACAACUCCCAUCAUGCCCAGACAGUCUACAGCUAUCAGCCUACAGCAGGGCAUGGUGGGAGUU